AUGAAGACGGGCGACGAUCGACUUAAAGACCUCGAAGACUCUGUUGUUCAUUUUGAUAUAGCAGCACAUGUCACCACGGCUGGUGAUUACUCGGCUGAUGACAUUUCGGUUGGAAUAGUCAGUCGAUCACCAGUUAAUCAUUAUAGGAAAUUGCUGGGGACGAUGCCCCAUUCCUGCUACAUAUGCCUUAAACGUGCCCCAACAAUGUUGACCGUAGCGGUAGCUGCUACGCCUGUAGUGAGCCUGAUCGUACAGCGA